CAGACUAGUUAGCUAUUGUUUGUAUUGUAGCAUUUUUGUGCGAAAAAUAGCAAAAAUAUUACAGAAAAAUGUGUUAAAUUUAAGUUUGUGGUUUCCCGUACAAGGUCAGCAGUAAUCUACAGACCGUCAACAUGAGCAUCCCCGGCAGCGGCGUGGACAUGACCUCCCUCAUGUCCCAGCACCCGGUCUUGGGCGCCAUCCCCCCGGCGUUCUUCCUGCGGGCGUCCGAGCGCUACCAGCGCACCCCCAAGUGCGCCCGGUGCCGCAACCACGGCGUCGUCUCGGCCCUUAAGGGCCACAAGAGGUACUGCCGGUGGCGCGACUGCAACUGCGCCAAGUGCACCCUCAUCGCGGAACGACAGAGGGUGAUGGCGGCCCAGGUCGCCCUCCGACGCCAGCAAGCCCAGGAGGAGAACGAGGCCCGGGAGCUGGGAAUCCUCUUUCCCACCCCGUCGACGGUGGUCGGGGAGAGCACGCCGCCGGUCAACCCGCCCACCCUGCCGCAACAGGACAUGGGCAUCCAGCAACUGAUGCAGAGGAACACGUUCCCCACGUCGGAUUCGUCGGAGCCGUCGAGUCCUACCUCCAAGCGCCCUCGCAUCAACGUGGAAGAUUGCUCCCUGGAGGGCUCGGACUCCGAGCCCGAGGAUCUCAAGAAAUCGCGCCAGUCCAGCCCUGUCACCGUCCCUCCCCCGGUUCCCGCCGCCCCCUCCCCCUCCCCCGAGCCCACCACCAGCCCGGACCCGGACCUGGACGUGGAGGACGACACCCAGAGCGAGGCUCCGGAGAACCUGUCGCUGAAGAAGCCCUCCAGUCCGGAGACGCCUCCGCAGCCGGCGCAGAACUUCAUCCCCUACCAGCAGUUCGCCACGUUCCCGCCCUUCCAGCCGCAGUACACCACGCAGCGGUCGCCCGUGGACGUGCUGAUGAGGGUGUUCCCCGGGAAGCGGCGGUCGGACGUGGAGGCGCUUCUGCAGAGGUGCAAAGGGGACGUGGUGCAGGCUAUGGAGAUGAUGGUGAGUGGGGCUCAUGAAGAGGUCACGCUGCCGUCGGCGUUCAGCCCCCUGGGGCCGCCGAGCAACUUCCACAGGUUCAGCCCGUCGAGGAGGUUCCUGUCGGCGCCCUACGCCGGCACGGGGUACUUGCCCACGGUGAUCAGGCCGCCCCCGGACUACAUGUCCAUGGUGGGGUCGGUCCACGACAUGUACGCUAGCGACAAGGCUUCGGCGUCGUCCCCCGGGUCGAACACCAGCUCCGACAAAACAUCUUACUCGGAGUAGUUUAAUUUUGUACGCCCUGUAUAUUUCCUGUGAGCGGAUUAAUGAAGACCAGUUCGAGUUUCCGCACGAACAAUCACAUCAGAAUUUAAUUAUAAAAUACAUAUGAAUCAAGUUCCACCCCUCUUCCCUGUAUUCAUCCGACCCCUACCGUAUUGAAUACAUGAAGCCAGUUAUUAGGUCUCUAUUGUUAGCCUGUAGCUACCAGAUCAUAUAAAUUAUAUUGUAAACAGUGGCGUGUGUUCGGUUUUAUUGUCUGUAUUAAACUGUGGUUAUUUCCCUCUAAUUUGUGACGGUCGCCACUGGUUUCACCCAUCACGUUGUACAUAAAUUUUCUAUUGCUUUAGUCUUGACUAUUUCAAGUGUUUGUAAAUAAUUGUGUAUAGUUUUAGAGGUUGUUGUUAGCGACCGGUCUAGUACACUCUGUAUA